GAUCAUGGGCGCAGCAUUCUGUCACAAUGAUUGGGUGCUGAUUCCAGCCUGCCUCUCCUCAGCCUCAACACAAGACUCAGACCAGCAAGGGACUGUAAAUGGUCCACGUUAGCCACAGGUACAGGAUUCUGCGCUGGCGUUCACACCCAGCGUGGGAGGAACACUUAGAGAGACUCCGAAUGGUAUUCUGCUUUUGAUCAGUCACUGGAAGAAAACAAGUGCCGCAGAUCUCCGGGACAAGCCCAGACUGGUCAACAAACUGCUCACUACCGAGCAGCCCGUCAUUCUGUUCCGAGAAGCCGACUUGCCUCCUCGCUCCACGAGCAGGACUCUUGCUGCGGGGGUUAUCUCGAGACAAUGAAGGACAGGCUUGAGGAAUUGAUAGAGCUUUCAAAACUUCAUCAACACUCGACAGAGGCUCACGAUAAGUUUGAUUCCCCUCAGGAGAGCUUGGUGUUUGAAUGCGACUUCAUUUUACAGAACCUUUAUAAGGUAGUACACCAGAUCUGGGAGGAAAAUGGGCGUCUAAAGGUGGACAUCAGGCGCCUGGGGAAGCAGAACACCCGCUUCCUGACCUCAAUGCGACGUUUCAGCAGCAUUAAGCGGGAUUCAAGUUCCAUUGCUAAAGCCAUAAAAAGCCAAGGUGAGAAGAUUCAGCAGAGGUUGCAGAACCUGAACAACUACAUAGAGGAGUUAACAGAGACUCAUGGGCCCAACGCUGCCAUUGUUCGCAUUGCCAAGGCACAGCAUUAUACCCUUCUUCAUGCUUUCCACAAUGCCAUGUCAGAGUACAACAUGGAGGAGAUGAAGCAGCGGGAAAACUGCAAGAUCCGGAUCCAGCGGCAGCUGGAGAUCAUGGGGAAGGAUGUGUCCAGUAAUGAGAUGGAGGAAAUGAUAGAACAGGGUAAGUGGGAUGUGUUCUCCGGGAACCUGCUGAGUGAGGUGCGAGGGGCACGAACUGCACUGUCGGAAAUUGAGCAACGCCACCAGGAGCUGCUGAAGCUCGAGUCCAGAGUCCGGGACAUCCAUGAUCUGUUCUUGCAGAUGGCCUUGCUGGUGGAGCAACAGUCUGAGACUCUGAACAACAUUGAGGUGAAUGUGCAGAAGGUGCAAGACUAUGUUGGGGUUGCCAGGACUCAACUGGCUAAGGCAGUGGAGCUCAAAAGAAAGAACAUCUGUCGACAGAUCUUCUGCUGUUGCGGUUGCUGCCCCUGACCCAAUGUCCUCUCCUCCCACCAGCUCUCUCUCUGCCUUGAUGCUGCUUCACAAUUUCACCGCAAAGCUAAGUGGCACCUUCCCCAAGGAAAUGGUCUGAAACAAAUGCAAUGACAUUGUCUUUAUGUUGGUGGCAUUCUCGAAACCUGCAGCCUCUCCAAGUUAGAGGGAUGGAUUUGAAUUAUGGAGUUUGCUUUGUUUCCCUAUCCCUGUCCUACCCUACGCAACCCCCUGACCUAAGACUGAAGACCCUCCCACCCCUGUACAACACAGGUCUACUCCUUUUUCCAAUUCUGGACUUGAAAUACAGGCCAGGUGUUUCUUAGUUGACUCCAGAGGCAGAACCUUGUACGGUGGCAGGAUGGCACAUGGAAUUACUGUAACACAGUUUUGUUUGUUCUGUGAUUGGUGAUCAUUUGAUAAUGGCGGUUGAGUUUUGUACGGUGUGAAUAGCUUUAUGUUCUGGUGCUAUGUUAUUUAAUCCAACUACCCUAUCUUCCCUAGUUCAUUACCCACUGUACUUUCAGUUGAAAGAUGUUCGGUGGGGUUGGGGGUGGCUAUUGCAGGGGUCGUGGGCAACGUGGGGUGGAUGGAGAGGAGGGGAGAAGAAGAUGGCAGGAGCAGGAGGGAAAGUGAUGAAAGAGAGGUUGGGGACCAUGUGUGUUCAGGUGCCUGAACUUACAGUAAUGAAUGUGAUAAAUCUGUUAAUUUGUGUACUCUAACAAGGAAAAUUACCAUGCAGACCAACUGGUUCAUGUAUGUCCUUUGUUGAAUGGGACUUCCAUUAUGUUAGAGGGAAAAAGGCUGUCCUGUAUUCUUUCUCCCUUAUCACACUCCCUCCCUGGGCGCCAAAUCUACAAAAGUUGAAUUCCAAGCCAGGAAAGACCACAUGACCAGCAUUUCAGAGUCAAAUAAAUAUGCCCAGAAAUGGUAGCCAUUUGUAUCUUUUCUGAGAUCAGUGGUACAUAAAAAAUGUGUUGAAGUAUUUGCUGUUGAAGACCUGCCCAUCAGGAAACUGGACUGGACACAUUCUCUCACAGGGGUCAUCUCCCCAUCAUAUUUUGUGCUCGUGAUAACAUCAUCACUGCGGCAAUAUCCAUAACUUUCCUACCAACAAUUAAUGGAUCAAAGGAUCAUGACUUACAAGCUACAUUAUAAAUUUAUGGUUCAAUGAAGAUGAAAGUAGACAAUCAUGUGUGACUUGAAGUGUUCUCUUUGGUACAUUGUUUUUACGUUGUAUAAAUCUCAUGCGGAGACCCAUGUAUUAUCAUCCCUUCCACCUGGAGACUAGCAGCAACGUGGCCCAGUGAUUGGAAUGGAGAGGCCUCAUCCUGGAACUGCCAUGGAUCCAGAUUAUGCCACUGGACCCAGUCAGGCCAAGACCUACCACUGGGUGCCCAGUGUCACUGCGCUUUCUCCAGUUUUGUCCCUCACCCAUCAAUUUCCCCUCUCCUACUCCAUUUCCUGCACUCCCUGCACCAGCCAACCCUCCCAUUCUCUCUCAGUUACCUGGCACCCCAUGAUGUCUUCACAGUUAGAUCCCUGUAACAGCGUUUGUUUUGUGAGGUGAGUCUGGACUUGGCGUUAGGGCAAAGAACAGAGCCCCUUUAGCACACUGAAAAUGAAUGAAAUCCAAUUCCCAAGUAAUGGAGCCUCCAUGACAAACCCCACCAACACACACCAACCCGUCGAGCAGUCCAGGGAGUGACGUUAGACUGCAGACGCCGCAGCUGAGGGGAGAGCAGGAGCGGGUAGAGGAAGAGUGGGAGGCAGAGGAUACAGGUUGGGUGGAGAAGUGAUGGAAAAUGCAAGAGGGAAGAGGAAGAGAGGCAGAGAAGGGAUAGAGAGGGAGGAAGAAGAUGCUGGCGUAAAACACUGUUGCCAAGUCUCAUGUUGGCAAAGCACUCUGUAUUUAUAUCAGGAAUUGGCUGCCUGACCCAAUAUCAGCAUAUGACGCCCUAUUUCUUCUGAACUGGACAUCUGGCCGACAAAGAUAGAGCCCCAGGCUGAUCCAGAGCUGGAUGACUCAGGAACAGUCACUCAACACACACAGUGGCCAAGAUUCUGCUGUGAGUGGAGAGAGCUGAUAACCUUGCUCCUAACCUCAGAAAUAAAUUGAAACUUCCAAUGGAAAUUACUGGCCACAAUUGGAAUCUGGAUCCACACGAUCCCUUGGGCCAACUAAGGAUGGGCAAUUCAAGUAUUUUCCACAUUCUGUGCAGCAAGUGGGUGGCAAGGUUAUGUAUUACAAGUGACCUCUCUCUACGGUUAGUUUUAAAGAAUUUCUCACUCCAUUCAUCGUAAUUUGUUUCUUCCACAGAUUCCUCUGCCAUUCAGUGUUAUUGUUUGAAAUUUCCAGCAUUUUUUUUAGUUCUUUGCUUCUUACUGGCUUGAAAGGCUUGGAAAGUGUUCAAAGUGCAGUUAUAUGAGUUCACGUCCUUGCCUACACAUGAUGUCUGGCCUGCUCUCUAAUUUUAUGUUUUGGAAAUUUGGCACUGGGGUUCACACGUUUUUUCACAUUACUGUUGUAGUGCAACAAGUCUUUAACAGUAAACAAGUAACAGGGUUGCUCUACAGAAGAAGCAGAUAAACUUAUAAAAACCCAAACAUGGUAAUAUGAGAGACCAGGGCCUGGUGAUGACCCAUGAAUACUGUGGUCUGUAGAUUACAGGUGAAUACACUAUUUGAAAGAGGAUUUAAUUUGAAGUCUGGGUGUUAAUGAAUAAGCUCUUAACCUAACAUUGUCCAAGCUCACAAAGCAGUCAGUAGGAGGAUGGAUUUCCCCUGGAGUAGGGAAAUGGAAAAUUAAUCAGAGACCUGUUCCUGAAUGAGAAUUAUUAGUGGUGAUAUAACAGAUUAUAUUAUUACAUGCUGGGAAUUACAGCUGGUGACGUUAUGCAGACUAUUUUUAUAUUAUUAUGCAAAAGUCUAGGCUGAAACACGUGGGUAGUUUUAUGGGAGAGUUGCACCAUCGGCAGUGCUGUCUUUGGACAAGAUGUUAAACCGAGGUCCCCUCAAAAUGCAUAAAACUCCGAAGGCACUGUUUUAAAGAAGUGCUCGUCCUGUGUCCUGCCCAAUAUUUAACUUUCAAUCAACUUCAUUAAAAGAUGCUAUUUGGUAAUCA